ACCGGUAUUAUUUGUAGUACCUGAUUUCAAAUACGUACGUACGUACUUGGUGUAUUUUAAUUUCUGCCAAUAUAGUUACUCGUCCAUCAGCUAUUGCUUAACAUCGAACAAGUAACUCACAUAAUUGUGAUCGAACUUCACACAUAUUACGAUGGAUGCGGACCUGUAUGAUGAGUUUGGGAAUUAUAUUGGCCCUGAUUUAGCUUCGGAAAGUGAAGAAGAGCCUGAAUAUGGCAAUGGGGGAGACGAUACUGAAGAUCGGGAGAGAUCCGAUGAAGAAAUGGAGGAUGAUAAAGACGAGGCUCGUGAUCACCCAGAUCAAUCCACUCUAGCUGUUGUCCUCCACGAGGAUAAACGCUACUAUCCCAGCGCCUUGGAGGUGUAUGGACCAGAGGUGGAAACACUAGUCCAAGAAGAGGACGCGCAGCCGCUAGAUAAACCACUGAUCGCACCCACCAGAAGGCCCAAGUUUCAAAUUAAACAACAGCAAUUGCCAGAUACUACUUACAGUAUCGAGUUUCUCGCAGAUAUGAUGGAUGCUCCACACCUUAUCAGAAACGUGGUACUUCUCGGCCAUCUCCAUCAUGGCAAAACCACCCUUGUUGACUGCCUUGUACGUCAGACCCACCCAUACAUGCAUAGUAUCACUGAUGAAAAACCACUAAGGUACACCGAUACUCUUUUUACCGAGCAGCAACGAGGAGUUUCCACUAAGGCUACACCGGUUACUCUGUUGCUUCAAGAUGUGAAAGCAAAAUCAUAUUUGUUAAAUGUAUUCGACACUCCUGGUCACGUUAACUUUUCCGACGAAGCAACUGCCGCCAUUCGGAUGUCGGAUGGAGCUGUUUUGGUCGUUGAUGCAGCUGAAGGUGUAAUGCUGAAUACCGAGCGCCUGCUCAAGCAUGCGCUACAGGAGAAACUGGCCUUGACGGUCUGCAUUAACAAAGUAGAUCGACUCAUACUAGAAUUGAAAUUGCCUCCGCUCGACGCUUAUUACAAGUUGCGCCACAUCAUAGAAGAGAUAAAUGGGCUUAUUGCACUUUACUCUGAUUCAGAGAAUCCUUGUUUUGUUUCCCCAGCUUUAGGAAACGUGUGCUUUGCAAGCUCUGAAUACAAUGUGUGUUUUACACUCAGAUCAUUCGCUGCUCUGUAUGCGAAAAAUCACCCACAACUCAAUGCUACCGAAUUCUCAAAAAGGUUAUGGGGUGACGUUUAUUUUAAUUCCAAAACCCGAAAGUUUACAAAAAAGCCACCACACAAUACCGCUCAACGUAGUUUUAUAGAAUUUAUUCUUGAACCGCUUUAUAAGAUCUUUGCUCAAGUCAUUGGCGACGUCGAUUCCACACUUCCAGAUGUUCUAGAAGAAUUGGGGAUCAGGUUAAGCUCUGAAGAAAUGAAAAUGAACAUUAGACCCUUACUUAGAUUGGUCUGCACGCGUUUCUUGGGUGAUAUGAGCGGGCUUGUAGAUAUGUGCGUAGCUCAUGUACCAAGCCCACAUUCACAUGCGCCGGUUAAAGUUCAGCACGUUUAUACAGGACCUCCGGAUUCGCUCCUAGCAAAAGAUAUGGCCAACUGUGAUCCAGACGGACAACUAAUGGUUCACAGUACGAAAAUGUAUCCUACCGAAGACUGCACUCUUUUCGUUGUGCUUGGAAGGGUGAUGUCAGGGACGCUUGAGGCAGGAGCACGUGUGCGAGUGCUGGGUGAAGCAUAUUCAAAAGCUGAUGAAGAAGAUUCCCGAAUUUUAACUGUCGGUCGGUUGUGGAUCAGUGAGGCUCGUUAUUCUAUAGAAUUGAAUCGAGUACCAGCGGGAAACUGGGUUUUGAUCGAAGGAAUUGACAGGCCAAUAGUCAAGACCAGCACAAUCACAGAUCUCAGUAAUUCUGAUGACCUUCAUAUUUUCCGCCCAUUAAAAUUCAACACACAAAGUGUGAUCAAGAUAGCUGUAGAGCCUGUGAACCCUUCAGAAUUACCGAAAAUGUUGGAUGGGUUACGAAAAGUCAACAAAAGUUACCCACUUCUUGGUACAAGAGUCGAAGAAAGUGGUGAACACGUAGUUCUUGGCACAGGAGAGCUUUACUUGGAUUGCGCCAUGCACGAUCUCCGACGGAUGUAUUCCGAAAUUGAUAUCAAGGUUGCAGAUCCGGUCGUAGCCUUUGCCGAAACCGUAGUUGAAACUAGUUCCCUCAAAUGUUUUGCUGAAACUCCCAAUAAAAAGAACAAAUUGACGAUGAUCGCAGAACCUCUGGAGAGAGGAUUAGCCGAAGAUAUAGAAGCGGAACACGUGCGAAUUACAUGGAACAAAAAGCGCCUAGGUGAAUUUUUCCAGACCAAAUAUGACUGGGAUUUAUUGGCCGCGCGUAGCAUCUGGGCUUUUGGUCCUGAUUCCACUGGUCCAAAUAUUUUAGUAGAUGACACACUGCCCUCCGAGGUCGAUAAGACGUUACUAGGCAGCGCAAGGGACGCCAUUGUUCAGGGAUUUCAAUGGGGAACUCGAGAAGGACCUCUUGCUGAAGAGCCGAUCAGAAACGUGAAAUUCAAAAUUUUGGACGCUGUUAUUGCACAGGAGCCUCUACAUCGAGGAGGUGGCCAGAUAAUUCCGACAGCGAGAAGAGUGGCUUAUUCAGCAUUCUUGAUGGCAACCCCUCGGUUAAUGGAGCCAUAUUUGUUUGUGGAAGUUCAAGCACCCGCGGAUUGUGUGUCUGCAGUUUACACCGUUUUAGCAAAACGCCGUGGGCAUGUUACACAAGAUGCACCUGUACCUGGAAGCCCUUUGUAUACGAUAAAGGCCUUUAUACCAGCAAUAGAUAGUUUCGGAUUUGAAACUGACCUCCGAACGCAUACGCAAGGCCAGGCAUUCUGUCUUUCGGUAUUCCACCACUGGCAAAUUGUUCCUGGAGAUCCGUUGGAUAAAAGCAUAACUAUCAGGCCACUUGAACCUCAGCCAGCUACACAUUUAGCUAGAGAAUUCAUGCUCAAAACAAGGAGACGCAAGGGUCUAUCAGAAGACGUUUCCAUAAAUAAAUUUUUCGAUGAUCCUAUGUUGUUAGAACUUGCGCGACAAGAUGUUCUGCUUAAUUAUCCACUAUAAUUUGAACAAAAAAUGGAUAGAUUGUUCCGUAUUUUUUGAUUACCUCUGUAAUGUACGAGAAAAUAUCCUGAACACAGGUAUCGUUCAUAACAAAUUCUUAUGACGGUAUUGUUUUUUUUGAUGAUUCUUUAUUGAUUCAGUGAUUCCAUCUUCUGACAACAACCAUCAGAAAUUCUACCUUCGGUGAGCUGACUUGCCGGAUAACGCUUUCAUGAGUGCUAGUCGACCACGUCUGACGCGUUAUUUAUUGCCAAAAAACGGCCACACCAAAAAGUUAAUGUAAACCCGCCAAAAAAUUAAAUACCCAGUAUCAAACUCUUAACGACGAGAGAAUUUCCAAAUUUUCGAUCAAUAUCAUAUGCAUUCGCAUAUUCAAUCUAUUUACUUAUGUAGCUAGAGAAUAAGGAGCUUCUAUCGUAGUAAUUUGAGAGCGCCGACAACAUAAAACUGUAUAACAUUA